CUUCAUCAUAACCCAAAAAUAAAUAAUCAAACAAAUUUUAAACUGGAUCGAGAUCUUAAUCACCAGUCUUCUUACCAACAACACUAAAAAUUUCCGCAACCCUGUUUCCUGCACACGAAACUAAUAAUCAUACAUCAACACAAACAGCCAUUUCUUCUAAUAUCAUCACUUCAUCAAACACCCCACCACCACAAUUUUACAUCCUGCAAACAAACCAAAAGCUUCAACCAAGAUUUUUGGACAUCCUCUCAUUCCACUCAGCCACCACACCAAUGUAAACAAACAAACCCCACCCACGACCUACCAUACACAACAACUCAAUAUUAUUAUUAUUAUUAUUAUUAUUAUUAUUAUUAUUAUUAUUGUUACUAUUAUUAUUGUUAUCAAACACCCAACCAACCUAACCCAAAUAAAAAUCACAAAUCAUGAUGAAUUCACACCACAAACCACACCCACCAAACAGACCCUCAUCACAAUCAUCGAUUCAUCCAUUCCAUUGUCUGUCUCCGAAGCACAGCCAAAAAACAGCUCUCCCUUCUUAGCAAUAAUCAUCCACUACUCCGUGCCACCUACGCCCCAAUAAUAACUCCAUUAAUACCCAAAACACACACUCCUCUGCUCUGUCUGUCUAUAUUUCCUAUCCCCAAACAACAUCCAUCCAUCCCAUUUCUGCGCUACCCAGAAGAGUCCACACCGUACCUUACAAUGGGGGCGCAGGCAUCCAAGCAGAUCGCCCGUCGGAAGGCCAUCUCCACCGAGAAACAAACCCUCUGCGACCUCCAGGGAAGCUGCGGCACCGACUUCCCCGGCUCCGACUACCGCCCCGCCGACCGCCAGAAUUGGAUGUCCGGAAUCGGACCCGACAAGAUCCGGAUCCACCAGAUCGUGUGGCCCGGAACCCACGACUCCGCCACCAACAAGAUCGGCAUCCCUUUCGUCACCCGCCCUUUCGCCCAGUGCCAGUCCCUCUCCAUCUACCGCCAGCUCUGCCGCGGCGCCCGCGUCCUCGACAUCCGCGUCAACCAGGACCGCCUCAUCUGCCACGGCAUCUUGAAAACCUACUCCGUCGACGUCGUCAUCGCUGACGUCAAGAAAUUCCUCUCCGAGACACAGUCCGAGGUCAUCCUCCUCGAGGUCCGGACCGAGUUCGGGCACGACGACCCGCCCGAGUUCGACAGGUACCUGGAGGAGCAGCUCGGGGAGCACCUGAUCCACCAGGACGACGCCGUUUUCGGCAAGACGGUGGCGGAGCUGCUCCCGAGGCGGGUGAUCUGCGUGUGGAAGCCGAGGAAGUCGGAGGCGCCGAAGCCCGGCGGGGCUUUGUGGGGGCCCGGGUAUUUGAAGGACAAUUGGAUCGACACGGACCUGCCGUCGACGAAAUUCGAGAGCAAUCUCAAGUUUCUGAGCCAGCAGGGGGCGGCCGCGGGGAGGAGGUUUUUCUACCGGGUGGAGAACACGGUGACGCCGCAGCCCGACAACCCGAUCGUGUGCGUGAAGCCCGUGACGAGCCGGAUCCACUCCUACGCUCGGCUGUUUAUCAACCAGGCGGUGGCGAAGGGGUGGGGGGAUCGGCUGCAGAUUCUGUCCACGGAUUUCAUCGACGAGGAUUUUGUGGAUGCCUGCGCGGGUUUUACUUAUGCCAGAGCCGAAGGCAAAGCUUGAUGAUGAUGAGGAUGAUGUUCGUUGUUGUUUCAAUUCUCAAUCCCCUUCCUGAAUUCGCAAGCUUUUCUUUUUUCCAUCUCCAUCACAUUGAUGGGUGGGUGGGUGGAUGGAUGGAGGAUAAAUCUGCAUGUGUCGCUGUCAUCAUUUUUUUUUUAUCUAUUAUUUUGUUGUACAGUAUUUGGUUCAUUAUUGCAUGGGAUUUAUUGGGCACCGUGUACGACUGUAUAAUAUACGUUUCCUUUCAUUUGUUUUGCUGUGUUAAUUGAUACAAUUACAUCUCGAAGUCGUUGCUCAGCCAAUACAAAUAUUAUGUUAUU